AUGUCGACGAAAAAGAAGACAAAGAUGGUGACAAAAAAGGGGAAAGGCAAGGUUCUGGUGCCGAAAUGGAAGCUUUUCCGUGCCAAAGAGCCCCUUUUGUCCGUUUUCAUGUGGGGAAUCAAUCAUACCGUCGACCAGUUGUUGCACGUCCCACCGCCCGGAUUGUUGAUGCCAGAUGACUUUAAGGCGUAUUCAAAAGUGAAGAUCGACAAUCACAAUUUCAACAAAGACAUCAUGCCGAGUCACUAUAAAGUGAAGGAGUACUGUCCCAACGUGUUCCGGAAUCUUCGAGAACAAUUCGGUGUCGAUUCGUUUGAAUAUUUACGUAGUUUGACGAGUUACGAACCGGAACCCGAUUUGUUGGACGGAUCCGCUAAAGACUCGACACCGAGAUUCUUUAUAUCGUAUGAUAAGCGGUUUGUUAUUAAGUCAAUGGAUUCGGAAGCGGUUGCGGAACUCCAUUCAGUCCUCCGUAACUAUCAUCAAUAUGUCGUCGAGAAGCAAGGAAAGACCCUCCUGCCCCAAUAUCUCGGAUUGUAUCGACUAACAAUCGACGGUUCGGAGACGUAUCUAAUCGUGAUGCGUAACGUGUUCGGUCGUAAAUACGGUGUCCACACGAAAUUCGAUUUGAAGGGAUCUACAGUAUCCCGUGCGGCGUCGGAUAAAGAAAAAGCGAAAGAUUUGCCAACUUUGAAAGAUAACGACUUUUUGGAACAAAAUUGGAAAUUGAAUUUGCCGCCGGAGGCCGGAAAACAAUUGUUGGAUAUGUUGUCGAGUGAUACCGAGUGGUUGACUCGAAUGCAUUUGAUGGAUUACUCGCUGCUUGUUGGAAUCCACGAUUGCGAACGUGCCGCGCAGGAAGCCGCGAAUCGUCCCGUCGAGCAGAAUUCCGAAGAAUCCGGUGACGAGCUGGCUCCGACGCCUCCAGAUUCACCGAUUCCAUCGACUGGUGGAGCGUUUCCAGGAGUAUCCGGGGGACCCGAUUUGGACGAUGAAUUCUAUGCGAUUGCGAGUCCAGGAGACUUUGAAAAGAACCUGAUAUACUUCAUCGGACUCGUCGACAUCCUCACCUACUACGGUAUCAAGAAGCGCAGUGCCACCGCCGCGAAAACUGUGAAAUAUGGAUCGGACGCCGAGAAUAUUAGCACUGUUAAGCCGGAACAGUACGCCAAACGUCUCGUCGAAUUCAUUCGAAAGGGAGAUAUUCAAGUUCGAUGGAAUUCGAAAGAUAUUGUCGGAUUCUGGAGCGAUCAAAAUGUGACUGAAGAUGCUGUGACCAUAGAAUUUGGUAUCAGGAAAUGA